GCGCAGCCGCCGCCAAAGCCUGGAGAAGUGGAAUCUCGCCGGCGCCGCUGCCUGCGCGGGACUCGCGGAGCGGCACUGGGCAUGCUCAGUCGCCGGAGCCCGUCCUGGUCUCAAGUAGGAAGCUCGUGCGCUGCACCCGCAGCUGAUCCGGGCGCUCCGGGAAAGGCGAGACUGGAGCAGAGCCGCCGGGCGCCGGUGCCGGAGCGAGCGCGGCGCGCACCGCCGGUCGGAGCUGCUGUGGGUGAGCUGCUGUGGUCUGUGGCCAAGCAUGCUGCUGUGGCCGGAUCUGCCCAGCCGUGGAACAGAAACAUUUGCUGGAUGGAAAAUCCAUAAAAGAAAGCUCCUGUGAAAGCCGGAGACCGACGCUAAUUAAGUAAAAUCAGUGAAAAUUGCUUAUAAAAUGUGGACUGGCAGCUGGUGCUUAGAAAUCUUUUGGAUUUACCCCUACCCCUACUUUAUGACUGGAUUUGUUUUUAGAUAUUUGGGCUGCUUGACCUCAUUGAGUGAUUGCUAUUAACUAACAAGACUUUGUGGGAAAAGGGAAAUUUGCCUUCUGAGCUCUGUACCAAAGACCUGGGAAAAAAGAGAGGAGCAUACGUGAGCUGGGAGAAAGGAAACCAAACCCCAGGGAAGUUUCCUAGCUUGUCUCUGCCCCUGUUACUGGAAAAGAGGAAGUCAAGCAAACCAUCUCCAUCUUUCCUGAGUACUUGGAAACUGCUGAGGCCCCUGCUAAUGUGCUGACCAGUCACUAUGGGCAGACGGUACCCGGAGGCUCCCUGUCACCCAGGCAGCUCAUCUGACGCGGGUGUAGACACUGUGGCAGGGUUUAUGGCCAGCAGCGGAGCCACAGACAUCACGAAUCGAAACAGCCCGGCCACACCACCAAAUACCCUUCAUCUUCGUUCCUCCCAUAAUGAACUGUUGAAUGCGGAGAUAAAACACACCGAAACCAAGAACAGCACGCCCCCCAAAUGCAGGAAAAAAUAUGCACUAACUAACAUCCAGGUGGCGAUGGGCCUCUCUGAUCCAGCUGCACAGCCCCUGCUGGGAAACGGCUCUGCCAACAUCAAGCUGGUGAAAAAUGGGGAGAACCAGCUCCGGAAGGCUGCAGAACAAGGACAGCAGGACCCCAACAAAAACGUCAGCCCCACGGCGGUCAUCAACAUAACUUCUGAGAAGUUAGAGGGCAAAGAGCCCCACCCGUGUGAUUCCUCAGGCUCUGAAAUUUUACCCUCCCAACCCCGGAGAACCAAGAGCUUCCUAAAUUACUAUGCAGACCUGGAAACCUCAACCAGAGACCUAGAGCAGAACUCGGGCAACCAGCACGGGGUUGUGGAAGAGAAGUCCCAGCUGGGCCAGGGCCUGGCCUCCACCAUCAUUGGGAAUGGCGAGGUGCUGCCACAGAAACCAAACAAAGCCCAGUUCAGCCCUGAAGAUGGUCAAGUGGCCACAGUGUCAUCCAGCCCAGAGACCAAGAAGGAUCAUCCUAAAACGGGGGCCAAAACCGAUUGUGCGCUACACCGGAUCCAGAACCUGGCACCGAGCGAUGAGGAGUCCAGCUGGACAACACUGUCCCAAGACAGUGCCUCACCCAGUUCCCCGGAUGAAACAGCAGAUAUAUGGAGUGAUCACUCCUUUCAGACUGAUCCAGAUUUGCCGCCUGGCUGGAAGAGAAUCAACGACAUCGCUGGGACCUAUUAUUGGCACAUACCCACAGGGACGACUCAGUGGGAACGCCCCAUCUCCAUCCCAGCCGAUCUUCAUGGUUCUAGGAAAGGGUCACUUAGUUCUAUAACGCCAUCUCCCACCCCAGAGCACGAGAAACAGCCAUGGAGUGAUUUUGCUGUUCUGAAUGGGGGAAAGAUUAAUAGUGACAUUUGGAAGGAUUUGCAUGCAGCCACAGUUAACCCGGACCCCAGUUUAAAAGAGUUUGAAGGAGCAACACUCCGCUAUGCAUCUUUGAAACUCAGAAAUGCCCCACAUGCUGAUGAUGACGAUUCUUGCGGUAUCAAUAGUGACCCAGAAGCCAAGUGUUUCGCUGUGCGCUCUCUGGGAUGGGUGGAAAUGGCAGAGGAGGACCUCGCCCCUGGCAAAAGUAGCGUUGCAGUCAACAACUGUAUCAGGCAGCUUUCUUACUGCAAAAAUGACAUCCGGGACACAGUCGGCAUCUGGGGAGAGGGGAAAGACAUGUACCUGAUCCUGGAGAACGACACGCUCAGCCUGGUGGACCCCAUGGACCGCACUGUGCUCCACUCUCAGCCCAUCGCCAGCAUCCGAGUGUGGGGCGUGGGCCGCGACAAUGGCCGAGAUUUUGCUUAUGUAGCAAGAGACAAAGAUACAAGAAUUUUGAAAUGUCAUGUGUUUCGAUGUGACACACCAGCAAAAGCCAUCGCCACAAGUCUCCACGAAAUCUGUUCCAAGAUUAUGGCCGAACGGAAGAAUGCCAAAGCCCUGGCCUGCAGCUCCUUACAGGAAAGAGCCAAUGUGAACCUCGACGUGCCCUUACAAGUAGAUUUUCCGACACCAAAGACUGAGCUGGUGCAGAGGUUCCACGUGUGGUACUUGGGCAUGUUACCCGUCGACAAGCCAGUCGGAAUGGAUACUCUGAACAAUGCCAUAGAAAAUCUUAUGACCUCAUCCAACAAGGAGGAUUGGCCGUCGGUGAACAUGAAUGUGGCAGAUGCUACUGUGACCGUCAUCAGUGAAAAGAAUGAAGAGGAAGUCUUGGUGGAGUGCCGCGUGCGAUUCCUGUCCUUCAUGGGCGUCGGGAAGGAUGUCCAUACGUUUGCCUUCAUCAUGGACACCGGGAACCAGCGCUUCGAGUGCCAUGUGUUCUGGUGCGAGCCUAACGCGGGUAACGUGUCGGAGGCAGUGCAGGCCGCCUGCAUGGCAUCUUUUGCAGUGUGUGGUAUAGGCCCAGCUGAAGAUAUUUUGGUGAAAUUUAGGAGAGAGGGAGCCUGCCUGAAAUUCAUCAGGUGCAGUUUUGACUCACACUGGACACACCUCCCAGGAGAGAUUCCUAGUCCAGUGCACCAUGAUGCGACAGCUGCCCGUUUACAGAUCUGUGCUUUGGAACUGUGUGGUCUGGGUUGUGGUGCAGACCUAGCAAGUUACGAUACCAGAAGUGCUUGGUAGCCAGGCCGCCUUCCCAGAAAGUUCGACCACCUCCUCCGCCAGCAGACUCAGUGACCAGACGGGUCACAACCAAUGUAAAACGGGGGGUCUUAUCCCUCAUUGACACUUUGAAACAGAAACGCCCUGUCUCAGAGACACCAUAGCUGCAUAUGUUAAAGGAUUCUGGAAUACGUACCUGAAGAUUGAAUAGCUACACUAAAGAAGAUGAACUGAUACCUGGCCUUCCAUUCAGUUGCUGAUGCUUUGUCUUCAGAGAAUUAAUCCUUAACCAAACAGUGUUAGACAAGCAUGUUCUCUUGUCUUGCCACCAUCCUGUGAUAUGAAAAGAAGCAUGACUAAUUUUUUUUGCUAUCAGUCAGAUACAUCCUGAGCAGUGGAAGGUCUUUUUCUUACUGUAAAUAUGGUGACCAUUACUUGACUUCAUGCACACGGAGAAGAAUGUGGCCACAGCCCUCCUCGUGAACUACAGCUGAGUCCUUGGGGCGAAUGGCGCCAGAGUUAGUUUCACUGUCUUCUGGACUGGAUCUGUCGCAAGCACUUGCCCCGUGUCCAACCUUGGAGUAGCCAGCGCGUACCAGAUACCAUGGAAUUGCUGUAAAAAUAGGAUGAGGAGUUUUUGUUUCAGUCUUUCACGAAAUCAAACCUUUUGGUUGACAACACUGGCUGUCGGCAUCAGAACAGAAACCAGCCGGCGGCUUUCCUUGACGAGCUCUUGGACGCACAGACGCCAUUUCAGGUCUACAGCUGCUUGUGGGAUGUUGGGGGCAGAAGUGAAACUUCAGAAUUGAAAAGUAAACCAAAUUUGAGCAAUUGAAAUCGAGCAAAAAAAUAGCCUUUCUAGAUGGCUUUCAAACCGAUUAUUUAAAAAAAAAAAGAAAAAUGAAAGAAAAUCAUAAUGCAUUUCGGGUGGGACGUAUUUCAAACUUCUGCCUUAUGUUGUACAAUACAGCUAGAGAAUUAUAGUUCACUAUGGCCAUUCUCUACACAAACAACGUUAAAAUGAAAUAUUUCUCCUACGCCUUUCAUCCUUAGUUUGAUAAGUAGCCAAUAUGCAAUUUGGAGUUGAGGAAAUGUCAUUUAUAUUUUGGGUCUCCACCACCACAUUAUUAUGUUGGUCUUCCUAGUGAAACGUUGUGCUAGGAUUCCGUAUCCAGCUCAGUCUUACCCUCAUGCUUUUUGCCCAGAAAGCUGUCUGUCCAUCAUGUAUUGUCCAUGGCAACAAAUUACAUUAAAUUGAACCUUUCUGAAGUUAUGUAUUUAAUAUUAGAAUUUGUUGGACUUUACUAGAUAUAUUUUUAAAUUUCUAUUUUUUUCAAGAUUUAAAAAUUUCAUAUCAGAGCAAAAUAUACAUAGCAACACUGGACUGCUUAACAAGUUUCCCCAAAAUAGCAUUUUCCUGCUUCUCUUUUCUCACCUAUAAAGAUACACAGAUUUAGACUCUUGUUGACAUUAUCUUAAAAGGAAGUUGCUAAGGAGACCAAUCUAAAUAUUAGUCUUAUUUACUUUUCAAUGUCAAAAUUAACAUUUUAAGACAUCCAGUUAUAAAAAGUAACACUUUAUCUACUGCGAUGUAUUUGUUAAAACGGCUUCCACAUUCUUACCCCAUUUGAGCCUUAUGAGGUAGAGAAAGGUACUAAACACAUUUGAGAAAUAAAAAUAUGUAUAAAGUACCAAGAGGCUCAAUCAUGUAGCCUAAGAUCUCUCAGAAGUUUGCGAGAGAACCAGGACGAGAACCCACGCUUCCCAGCUCUGUUGUAAGUCGUGCUACUUCCACAUCAGUGAGGAAGGGUCUCUCCACAGUUAACUCUGGGCAUGUCCAGUUAGUGUCAAGAAAUCUUAGAAUUCCCUGUAGGAGGAGAGGAAUACAUCCAAGUUCCUCACACAGCAGUCUUAAUCGUAAAACCAUUGCCCUCUCUCAGUCCAGGCCUCUUGCCCUGCAGCGUGCCUCAGACGUGUUGCGGAGGACAGGAUCUUACAUGCCGUGCAGCCUGUUCAACUUCCGAGAUUUCCCAGAGGUGGUGGUACGGGUAGUAGAGACAGUCCUAACUCAUGGUACUUCGCCACCGGAGAACAUAGUGGAGUAGGGGGCCUCCUGCCCCUGUUCCCUCAGAAUUCUGGGACUGUUUGCUAGCGCUCUAGGGUCACAACAAAAAAGAUGCCACCCUAGAAAUGAAUUCUACUUCUCACCAGCCUAUGUACUAUUCUAUCUGAAAUAACCAGUGCCAUCAUAAGAAAUUAUUGCGUUAAGAAAAUCCUUAGUUUGCCCUUUGAAAAGCUGUUCAAAAUUCAAUCACAAUGAUCUCUCAUCUCGAUCUCCACAGUGAAAGGCUUUAGUGAUAAAAAUUCUGAGUAAGUCACCCACUUUUAUGUCGGAAAUCUCUACCAGAACCCACUGUUGAAUUUUUAGGGCAUACCUUUGCUUGUUUUCAGGAUCAAGAAUACUGAGCUAGCUUUAAGUAGCAAACUGAUUGAUAUAUGCAAUUAUAGGAUGUGUUGAGAUGAACGAUAGCCUUUACAUACUGAAAACUUUACUGCAGAUAUUGUUUUGAAGACAGCUUUGCGUCCUAAAUGCAAUUAAUUUUUUGUAAGCUUCAUUACGUUAAACAGAGCGUUCGGACACUUUCUGCCAUGGCCAAAAAGUACGUGCGUCGGUCUGUGUGCACUUCUCUGGGAGAGGGCGUGGUGUCUCAGCUGACGCUGUGGGGACACUCGGGUUAUCUAUGCAUCUUCUUUAGACCUGCGACGCGGUAAACGGGCGGCCGUGUCCGCUCUGCCUCGUUCGUCUUACCAUUGUUUUAAUUAACCUGUUAAAUACGGCUUGAAAUAUUUUUAUUUUAUUUAUUCUAUUUUUACUGAAAUAUACUGCAUUAUUGUGUUAAUGUAUUAUCUUUACUGGAUAGUAUCUCACAGUGUAUCCAGGCCUAAGCAAUCUCAGUGAACUAUACGUCACCUAAAAGGUGGUUUUGUAAUGAUUUGUAGUCACAUUUUUAUUGGAAUAUGUAGAAGAAAUGGCAAAAUGCUCAAAGGUCCUUUUAUUUUUUAAAAGCAGCUAGACAGACGCAGACUCGCCACCUCAUCUUUGUGCUCCUUGGCGGCAUCGAGGGGAACAGCCAACAGGCCUCUGGCAAAAACUUUACUUUGCAAACCAAAAGCACUGCUCGGUGCUUUGUUUUUAUAUCUGUCACAGCACAUGUGAUCUCCCCUCAAAGACGCAUGUCCACAAGCCCUUUGUUUCCACCUGGAUAUAAGAUCACCCAUGGCCACUUAGGACAUUGUUCUCUGUGUCUGUCUGGUCGCGUGAAGGGACAUUAGGCCCAUUUCCAUUAAAGUACGUUCUUCGUGAUAAACUGUUAGCACUGCUACCUUUUUAAAAAUCCAGUCCGAUUUUAUGAUGGGGAUUUGCAAGGCCAUUGUACACAAGGUCACUCACUAGGAAGCCCGGAAUCUUUCCUCCUCGUCUCGUAUGACACACUCAUUUCAUAAGCACCACCACACAAAUUCAAGAUUUCACAAACAACGGGAGAAACCUGUCCCUGACUGAUGCUAGCACAAUUUAACUAGUAAAACCAUUAGCUCUCUAGUUUGCCAGGCUUCCUUAACCUAAUACACAGCUGACAUGUGUGUGGCACAGCCAGGAAAAUGAAGUUUAAUUUAUUUCAGCUUCAGAGAAAAGAUUCGGCUCACACUUGAUCAGUGAGAGCACUCCCUGCCAUCCAAAGCAGCUUGUUUAUCCUGAAAGAACGCUUGCUUUUGCUUUCUGCCCCGUUUGCUGUUGACCACUUUUACACAUUUUAAUGUAACAUGUUGUGAGAAUAAACUUAGCUGCAUAAAAUGUCUGGCUCAUUGAUCUGACAUCUCAAUCCUACAGACCCAGGAAUGGAAAUGCAAGUGUAGUGUCUCCAUGCUAGUCGUUUUAUUUUCAGAUGAUUCUUACCUCAAAUUAAAGAUCAUUUUAGUAAUGAAAGAUUCUGCUUGAUUGUUAUUGCAGAUUUCCACCCGGUAAGAACUAGAAAGUAACUUUAAAUUUUGAGUAAUUUAUCACACUGCCCUUAUUUGUCAAUCAGCAGUGACAGCCGGCGUCCUUAGUCACCAACUUGAGACUUGUGGAAGCCGUCUUCCUCGUAUCAAGAUAGUCUAGCUUUCGUUCUUUUUAAGAACGUGACGUCAAAGAACGAAGAAUAGGGGCACCUGGGUGGCUCAGUCGGUUAAGCAUCUGCCUUUGGCUCAGAUCCUGAUCCCAGGAUCCUGGGAUCAAGUCCUGCAUCGGGCUCCUUGCUCCGUGGGGACCCUGCUACCCCCUCUGCCCCUGCCACUCCCCCUGCUUGUGCUCUCUCUCUCUCUGUCAGAUAAAUAAAUGAAAUCUUAAAAAAAAAAAAAAAGCGGGGCGCCUGGGUGGCUCAGUCGUUAAGCGUCUGCCUUCGGCUCAGGUCAUGAUCCCAGGGUCCUGGGAUCUAGUCCCGCAUCGGGCUCCCUGCUCGGCGGGAAGCCUGCUUCUCCCUCUCCCACUCCCCCUGCUUGUGUUCCUGCUCUCACUCUCUCUGUCAAAUAAAUAAAUAAAAUCUUUAAAAAAAAAAAAAAAAAAGCUGUACAGGCACUAAAUCUAAAAUCAAAGGUAACCAGAAAAGCAGUUAGAUCUGGGCUAGGGCUAGUUUUAACUGUCAAGACAUAUGAAGAUAAGUGGAAUUUAGAGUAUGUACCCUUUUUUUUUUUUGGUUCAUCUUGAAACAUCCCCCCCCCCCCCCCCGCCCCAGUUUCUUCCUAACUAUUCAAAGGCAGUUACUCUGAGGGAACAAAAUUUCAUUUUGGUUUCAGGUAUUAUAUUAAUGGUAAUUUCAGAUAAAAUUUGCUAUUGGAGAAUCUACCAGUAAAUUCAUUAUUUUAGAUUUUUGCAGCACUUUUCUCUAAGAAGUUCAAGAACGGAAAAUGUGAGUGUAAUCCAUAAUCUCCUUCACUAGAAUUCUCACGUUUUUAUCCAAAGUCUUUUUCCUUUUUUACUCUACAAAAGUACUUAAAUAAUUGAUCACGUCCUUAGAAGACUGUCAAAGAAGAACACUUCAGGCUUAAUGAAUCAUUUAGAAUCCCCAUAUAUUUCUAAAGAGAAAAAGAGUGACAAGAUACGUGCGAUGAGAUACUGAAAAUAAGGGGCUUAAGUUGUGAUAUGACAUGAAUCACAAGCUUACCAGAAAAAUAUCCUGAACUAUUCCUCUACAAUGAGAGUUUGUAUAACAUCACAGAAAAUAAAUAUCUCAGACCUGCUACUUUUGGACAAUGGAAUACUUUUCAGCCUGGGGCAGGGGAAGAGGGCAGGAGGAAUUAGCGAUUCCAGGGAUAAAAUACCAGCUCUUUACCCAACCAAGUUCAACUCAGCUGCACCAGCUAGCCCUCUAGAGGCCUGGAGCGCCCAGAGCCAGACAAUAGUACGAGGAAAGACCUAAUUUAUGAAACAAAGAGGUCUAUCGGUUUUGAUUUUUGAAAUCAGUAAAUUAAGUUGGGCACUUAAAACAUUUCUGUACUUUCUGAGAGUCAUAAUUGAGAAUUCUUUGGGGAUUUAAAAUAGAAGUUCACGUAUAAAAAGGCCUGUUUCCUUCGCUGACACAUUCUGAUAAAUGUAAAUUUUCAGCGAAAAUAUUUAUUACUACUAAAAUGAAAUUCACCAUUUUGUUUAUCCUCACUUCAAGUGAGAAAAUAACGACUAGAAUAUUAGAGCUAAAAUCGACCUAAAAAUUCAUCUUGAAGAGGAUAAUGUUCUACUGAAAUCAUGCCACCUGAAUUGAACGUUUAGGAAUUUACAUAACACUGUUCAACACAAUUGGAUUCUGAAAAUAGAACUUUAUAUUCAAACUUUGUGUCUAUGAACAUUUUUUAAACAAUAGGUUUCAUAGUUGUAACUCAUUUGAUUUAAUGUCAAACAAUUUCUGUUUCCAUGAUGAAAAAAGAAUCAAUAGACCCAGAAAUGAUAAUCAUACCAAUUCUUGGUAGGCAACUGAUAAUACAUCCAAGAUGAAUUGACUUUUAAUAUAAUUAACAUAGUGCUCUACAAUAUAUUUUAAUUGUACAUCAGAAAUGAUUUCCCAAAGUUUGAUUACCGGGUGCCAUUCGGAAUGACUUGUAGAUUUUACCAUUUCACCUGAUCUUGGAACAGAAUCAGACAUUUUUAUGGAUUUCUUUAAUAAUCGGUGUCACUUGUAUUCAGCAGGUUUGCCUCUUCCUCAGAGUUAGUACUAUUUAGAUGGCAAUCUGUGUACACUCUUUUCCAACCAUAUUUGGCACGGUCAGCAGGGAUAGUGGACUAUGUUCCAUCUGCUCAGGAUCCUGGAAGCUUUUCCCAUGAGAAACUGUUUUCGCUCUGGUACUAACGUGCAGCUGAACUACCCACACCUGGAACUUCGGAACCUUCUGUUCUUCCUACUCGGACUCAAUCUCAAUCACAUCACAAAAACUCAUGCCGUCCCACGUUUAAAGAAUAUUUUGA